AUGCUUCUGAUAACAACACUAUUGUGGCUCGCCUGUGUGGUCAUGAUUUUGACGACACACAUCGUAUCGGCUAGUAGUAGACCUUCACAGUCUCCAUCAUCACAGCCCUCCAAUGAACCCUCAUAUACGCCAUCACUUGAUCCCUCACGAAUUCCCUCUGACUUUCCCUCGGAGAUGCCAUCUGUCAACCCAUCCACCGUACCAUCAACAACUCCGAGUACAAGCCCAUCCACCAAUCCCUCCCAGACGCCAAGUCGAUCCCCAAUUGAGAGUCCAGGUGAAAGUCCCGGUUUUCCAUUGACCAAAAUUCGUUCGAUUGAUGGUACCGACCGUCCCAACGAUGAUUAUGGCGCCGCCGAGGAAAUGUUGCUUCGCAUGUCCAACAAGUUGACCUAUGCCGACGGCAAGGAAACGCUCUGGGACAAUGCCAAUGCCCGUACAAUCUCAAAUGCUUUAAUGGCCCAAACUUCUCCCAAGACCAAUGAUCGAAACCUUCUAGAUAUGGUCUGGCAGUGGGGACAGUUUUUGGACCAUGACAUCGACCUGACAGAAGCAUCGACAGCCUAUGGAGUCAUGUUUGUCGAGAUUCGUGACAAAGAGGACCCUUUUCGCCUUGCCAAAUGCAAAUUCAUCGCCAUGUCUCGAUCCGAAAAUACGUUGAACGACAAAAAUGUCCGCGAGCAAAUCAAUCACAUAACCUCCUUUGUUGACGGGAGUGUCGUCUAUGGAUCCUCCGAGGUUCGAUCCAAUGCAUUGCGCCUGUUUACCGAUGGAAAAGUUAAGACAAGCUCAGAUGGCAUGCUGUUGGGCUUGAAUGAUGAUGGUCUUGACAAUGCUGGAGGGACCCGCAAAGACUUUUUUGCGGCUGGUGACAUUCGUGCCAAUGAGCAGAUUGGCCUGAUUGCUAUGCACACCCUUUUUAUUCGAGAACACAACAAGCUUUGCGAUGAUUUGAAAGCCACAUUUCCCACAGCUACGGAUGAACAGUUGUUCCAAAUGGCACGCAAGAUUGUGGGAGCUGAGAUUCAGGCUAUCACAUACAAGGAGUUCCUUCCGGCUUUGCUAGGACCCUUGGCUCCUCAGAUGGGGAGCUACACAGGAUAUCGGGAUGAUGUCAACCCCAGUAUUUCCAAUGAGUUCUCGACGGCAGCAUAUCGUUUUGGCCACUCCCAGUUGUCGGAAACCUUUCCGUUGGCAACCGCGGCAGGACCAACAGGGGAGGUGAUUGCACUCAAGGACGUCUUUUUCAACCCUGGCUUUUUCGCCGAAGACCCAACCAAAGUGGAUGAAAUCCUUGCCGGGCUUCAGGAAGAAUUGGCGCAAGAGAUUGACCCUCUGAUGACCGAUGCCGUAAGGAACUUCUUAUUUGGAGAACCAGAUGGCCCCAAUAGCUGCUUGGAUUUGGCUGCCCUGAACAUCCAGAGAGGCCGUGAUCACGGCAUCCCGUCUUACAACAAUCUUCGUGAGGCCUAUGGUUUCCCGAAGUAUGAUAGCAUCAAGCAAAUUACUCAAGAUGUGUCUAUCCAAGAAGCCCUCGAUUCCGUCUAUGGCGACAUCUCCAUGGUAGACGCGUGGGUGGGGAUGCUGAGCGAGGAUCAUGUUGCGGGAGCAAGCGUCGGAGAGCUACUUGGAACUGUGCUGAAGGAUCAGUUCACUCGUCUCCGUGACGGCGACCCCUUCUACUACAAGAUUGAUGCCGAUCUUUAUGACAGUGAUGUUGUUAACAAAGUUUUGGAUAUCGAUUCAGUAACCUUGCAAAUGAUAAUCGGCCGCAACACUCAUAUCGACCACGACCCCACAAAGAGUGCCUUUGUGAGGGGACUUGGGCCGGAUCAGGAUCCUCCGAAGUGGCCAAAAAUGAGCACAAUCCGUUCAAUAGAUGGAAGCGAUCGCGACGACCACUUGGGAGAGGCGUACACUCCCUUGAUGCGAAUCUCGCCGCUCAGUGUUUCAACGUACACCGAUUCAAAGGGGUUGAUGUGGGAUGGGCCCAAUGCAAGAACCGUGUCAAAUGUUGUCUUCGGUUUUGGCGGAGACAUCGUUAACGAUAGAGGGUUGCUCGAUAUGCUGGUGCAAUGGGGGCAGUUCUUGGAUCAUGAUAUCGACCUGACCGACUCCGGAACGCAGUAUGGAACUUGCAACAUCGAAAUCCCCGACCCCGUAAACGAUGCCGAUCCAUUCAUUGUCGCCGGCUGUCCAGAGAUUGUAAUGGCUCGUUCUGAAUACGUGCUGGAGACCGAUGAAGGCAGUAAUAUGGAUGUUCGCCAACAAGUGAACCUCAUCACUGCCUUCAUUGAUGCUAGUAAUGUGUACGGCUCCGAUGAAAUCCGAUCCGGCGCAUUGAGAAGCUUCGACGGAGGCAAACUCAAAUCGGACGCUUCGGGAAACCUGUUGUCAAAGAACGUGGGAAAUGCACUUCCCAAUGCAGGCUCAGGAGAGCAAUUCUUCAUUGCGGGCGACGUUCGUGCAAACGAACAAGCCGGGUUGUUGGCCAUGCAUACCUUGUUUCACCGUGAGCACAAUCGCUUGGCCGAGGACAUCGCAGCCAGGUACCCAGACAGGUCAGAUGAGGAGAUCUUUCAGCUUGCCAGGAAGGUGGUGAUUGGAGAAAUGCAGAGUAUCACCUACAAGGAGUUCCUGCCCGCGCUUCUUGGGCCCAUGGCGCCAUCACUAAGCGCUUACAAAGCCAACGGAGGAUACAACCCCGAUGUGGACCCAAGAAUAUCAAACGAAUUCUCAACCUUUGCAUUCCGUGUCGGACAUACAAUGCUGCCAAGCAAGAUCAAAUUGGCGAACUCCAAAGGUCCCUUUGGAAUCGUGGCGCUUCGAGAUAUUUUCUUCGAUCCAAAACCAUUCGACGAAGACCAUCUUUUCGUGGAUUACAUUCUUGGUGGGCUGAUGGAAACUCACUGUCAGGAGAUUGAUGCAUUCAUUGUGGAUGAUGUUCGGCAGCACCUUUUUGGAGCGGUAGACGGCCCGGGCACAUGCCUUGACCUUGCAGCCCUCAACAUUCAACGUGGUCGUGACCACGGCAUCCCACGGUACAACGAUCUCCGAGAGGUUAUGCUGCUACAACGGUACACACGCUUUGAGGACAUCACCUCUGAUACAAAACUGCAGGAGAAGCUCGCACUAGUCUACGAUACCGUUGAUGAGAUUGAUGCCUGGGUUGGAGGGUUGGCGGAGGACCAUGUUGAAAAUGCAAGCGUUGGUGAACUCGUGGGCACAAUUAUCAAGGACCAGUUUGAAAGGCUCAUGCACGGCGACCCUCACUUCUAUCUACGAGAUCUAGAUCAAUUUGACAAAGGUUUCAUGAUCCAUAUCAUGAAUCUUCGAAAAGUGACGCUUCAGCACAUCAUUCAACGAAACACCAUCAUUGAUCACGACCCAAGGGUCAGUGCCUUCGUUGAUGACACAGCGGAAUCAAACAGUGGCUCCAAGAAGAUGUUGCGGCAUGUGUAA